UUGCAGUUAGCAUCUUAUGUCAAUACUUGAGUUAUUUAUCUUGUAUCGCGUCUGUAACCGCAUAAGUUUAUUGGUUCCAUGCCUAAGUUCCAUACAACAACAAAAAACAAUACUACGUCACUACACAACAAUAAUACACGGAACCAUAUCACAAUCAGUAAAACCAUUCUGCUAUCAGUCACCAGUGCCUGAGCCCUGACGUGCUUCAUUAGUGUAUUACGUAUUCGUAAAUCCUACUUAUCUUUUUACUAUUGAAUCGAAAAAAGGAAAGCCACUCUUUGUCAAAUUGCCGACAUAAAAUAAGUCGACGCCCUGACAUCUGCAAAAAAAAGGGGGACAUGAGCGUAAUAGCUUGCGUUUUUUUUCGUCUUCCGCAGUUUGACAAGUUGAUCAAAAGACUGAUAACGGAGUGUCAAUAAAGGAACUUUCAUAAUAAGUACGGCAAGAGGAUGUCGGAGUACGGCAGACUUCUCUCUCACCUCGAUGAUACCAUAUCGACUGAGGAGGAUUUGCCAGGUUCGUCCCUUAGUUUCAGCAUCGGAGAUAAUUCUGUGCAUGUGAAAGAAAAACCUAAGCCAAUGCUCGAGCCACCCAAAGAACCAGAUCCACCCCCAGUUGCUCAGAAGAAAGACCAGUGGUGGCUGAAGAAGCCAGCUCCACUAGUAGAUAAAGACAGUAAUAAAAAAGAGGUGUUAAAAAAGGACAAAUCACCAGUGCUGACUUGUAGUGCUACUUCUUCCAUGCAAGAAUUUUUAGAUAAAGAGAAAAUGUGCAAGAAUGCAGAAGAGAAAGACAAACAUGAUAAAUUACAAGAUUUACUAUCUGCAGUAGCAUCCGACAAGUAUCAUUCGGAAUCAGGAAAUGCCACUGAUGAUGAAAUAGGAAGUAUUUUAGAAGAAAUGAGUAAGAUAGCUGGAGCCAUGAGCCCAAUAGCAGAAAAUAUUAAAUCUAAGACUAUUAACGAAAUUUUAUCAGAUGAACAGUCUGUAGAAGAGCUGAUACAAGAAGCUGAGAAAUUAGUGCAACAGAAUAACAAUGAAGUUCUUGAAAAAGUGCUCACAACUACAACUGUUGACAUUUCUGACGACGUUUCCUUAGAGGGCUUGACUAAGGUCAAAGAAUUCGAAGCAAAUAUAUUUCAAAUGAUAGAUCGGCAGGUGAAUGAAAAAAUAAGUGAAACACCCGAGAAAAAAACAAGUGCCAAUCUUUUCGUUCCAGUAGCAGCCAAAAAAUUAGAUUCCCCACAGAAAAAAUUUGACGACCAAAUAGUCGAGGUAUCCAGUAAUUCUGACGUGGACGAGCCUAUAGAAAAACAUUCUAUUUCAGAAAAUAUUAACGAUGAAAAAAAAGCAAAGGAGGGGAAAGAAAAUUUGAAAAAAGAGAUCACUGACGUUGACAAAGACUUUUUUGAUGACUUGAUUAAGAAAACGAAAGAGAGCGUUGAACAGCUGUCUUCCCGCAGUUCGAGUAUUGCAGAUCAAGAAGAUUUUACUAAUUUUCUGAAGCUUUUACAAGAGCAAAGUGACAAAGAACCCAAAAGAGAAUUGACCAAAACCACGUCGUUAAAUUUAAUCGUGGAUCAAUUCGACCCGCUAAAAGAGAGUCCAGAAAAAAAAGAAAAUCAAGAAAAGGAACUUAGAACCGAUGUUAGGGUUUUAUCACUUGAUUUAGGUGAAUGUAUGCGACGAACGCCGAGCAGGAAUUCCAGUAGAGCCUCUUCCAAGAGGAACAGCGUGAGUUCCAGAAGUUGUGCCAUCGAAGCUAAAAAAGUCGUGAGUGACAAUACUGAGCUGUACACGGUCAGUCUCACCCCGAGACUGGAGCUCUUUGCUGAUGCCAUUCCAAAACUAUUGGCCGAAAAAUCUAACGAGGAAAAGAGAGAAAUGGAAAAAUCAAAGAGUGAAAACGAGGCUAGUCCAAAAUCGGGCGAUAACGAGGACUUUAGUUUUAAGAAUCUAAAAUCUCUCAAGCAAUCGGUGGAACACGGGGAAGUCCUUCAAGAGAAAAAAACUGUCAUAAAUGUAAGGGAUUAUCAAGAAAGUGUAGAUUUUGAUAAUUCAGAGGACGCGAAUGACUUUAACUCCCUGCGGUUCAACACGACUUACACGGAAACCAAAAAAAGCAGCGAUCAUCUUAAAACCGAACGAGUUAUCAGUGCUCCAGAAAAUCGUUAUGUAAGGGGCCAAGCCACCAUUGGAAAAUCCCGAAGUUAUGAUCAGCUUUCGAAGAAUUUGAGUAAAACCGUGGAAACGAAAAAACCAGCGCCUUUUAUACCGCAGAGGAAACCUCUCGUACCAAAGCCAAAAGUCCAACCGAAAACUACUAUCAAGCCAAUACCCAAAACGAGACCAACCACCUCGAAAAUGAGAAAGGAACCCUUAAAGCCUUACCAAACCGAUUUUUCCUUUAAUGUCAGAGGAAAUCAAAUAAAGUACGAAGAAACACCGAAAGUCUCUUUUGGUGGGGGAGAUUGGAAAGGUCUGAGUGGUGUGGACAUGUUGGAGAUGCUAUACCAAGAAGAGAGAGAGAGAUUUUUGCAUAUGAAAUCGGAACUAGAUGCCGAAAUAGAAACUUACAAGUGCAAACUGAGAGACGUACAGAUGUUACACGAACAGGAAAUGUUUUCCCUCAAAAAACAAAACAUCCUACUCAAAGCGAAAUUAGAUGAGCUGACGCAGAUGAACAAAAAGGCAGUAGAAGCAAAAUCGAAAUACGAUCCGAAAAUCAUGACCAUGCAAAAGGAGUUGGAAAAGCAGGAAAACUUUAUAAUAGCUUAUGAAUCGGAAAAUAAGAAACUGGUGCUGGAAAUAAAACGAUUACAAGGCGAAUUGAAGUCGGCAGAACAACAGAAGCCGAAAAUAAUUGUCGCCAAUAGUACCAACAAGCAAGAAGUGCAAGAGAAAUGGAAAGAUUUACAAGAAGAGAACGUUAAGUACAAUAUCGAAGUGUCGGACUUGAGACAGAAAAACAGCGAACUCUCACUCAAGUGCGAGGACGCGACGCAACAGAACUUGCUUCUACAAGAAGAAUUAGAAAUGAUAAAAGACCAGUUGCGGGCAAAGAACGACUUUAUAACUGAUAGAUUGCAGACAAUGACGACGAACGAAUUGGAGUUACGAAAGGAAGUAGAGGAUCUUAAAGUGGAUCUACAUUCAAAGACUGAACAGCUAAAGUUAAUCAAAGUUGAUUACGAUAGGUUUCAGCAGAGCGUGGAGCCUUUGGAGAGGGAGCUUGUGGACUUGAGAUCAAAGUGUACGCUUUACCAAGAAAAAUUACAGGUUGCGAAAAAUAAUUGCGAACGCGAGAAGCAAUUGACGCAAAAGCUAAAGGAUCAGGUGAUUUUGGACAACAAAAACAUCAUGGAUCUGAACCGACAAGUACGCGAAAUGGAGCGCAUUCUCAAGCGAAAAAAUCCAGACUCUGUAUCAGCAUUGAUUCUCACCGCCAACUCUGAAAAUGAAAAGCUCAAUGUCGAGAAAGUAAAAUUCCUAGAGGACCGAAUCGCCUUCUUGGAAUGUGAAAUAAGGAGUAAAGAGGACGUGGCGCAAGCCAAACUGUUGGACAUACAAAAAAAGUUUACAGACAUGAAGGACAAGUACUCGACGCAGGUCUUGGAACUGGAGCAAAAGAUGAAAACGUCCCCCAGGGAUAAGAAAGCAUACAGCGAGGCUGGCACGCAAACGAUGCAUCAAAACUUGGAAAGUAGAAACUCCGAGCCGAAUUUGUCCGAAAAAUUGAAUGGUAACAGGAUUGGUCUAAAGUCGCAGAAUCUUAAAGAGGACAUUCAUCUAAUUGCCACCAUUCGAGGCUUGAAGAUUGAACUUACCAACAAGGACAAAAUCAUUGCAAAAGUGAACAAAGACCUUCAAGAGAUGCAAAAGACGAACCGGAAGUUGCAGAAGGAGCGAGAAAAAUUGCUAAACGAGCGCAAAACUCUGGAGAAGGCGAACAAAAUCAUGACAUCGUCCGACUCGAAACUUACGAGCUUGAAGAUGGUGGAAGGCGAUUCGAAUUCGAAUUUUUACCACAACGGCCCCUUGGCUAAUGGAAAGAGAUCAUCGUCCAUGCAGAAGUUGUACGAUCAGACGCAAAUUUCUGAUAAUGUCGAUACGAAUAACAAAGUCAAGAAAUUAACGACUGAAAAUGAAGUGCUUAAAGAGGAGGUGAGUAGGCUGAAUAAAGAUUUUAUGGCACUGAAAAACAAAAGGUUGCAAGAUUUGAAUCUACUACAAGAAGAACAUGAAAAAGAGAUCGAUCUUAUCGUCAAAGAGUAUAAUAUUAACCUAGGAGACACCAAAGCUCUUAAAUUACAGGGUCAAGUCAAUUCACAAAUGGCCAUGAUAUCUCAUUUGAAGCAGCAAAUAGAAAAAUUGCAAGAUUACAAGGAACAAAUUAUUAUUUUGAAAGCAGAAAGAGACCACCUGGAAAGCAAGAACAGACAGCUCAAUGACAAAGUACAAUAUCUCUCGACUCCCAGCUCACAACAGCUGCAACUGCUGCAGGAUAAGAUAUCGAUACUCCAGCAGCGACACGAGACUCGUGAGCUCAGUUUACAAAAGCUUGUAAGAGAUUUGCUUCGUAGCCGGAGUCAAGGCUGCAGGGACUGUAAGAAUACCGUAAGCGUCGGGGAUAAAGACGCUCAGAAACUUUGUUACUUCCGCCAGGAGCUCGACAACAUUCUUGGUACUCUACAGGAUCUCACGAGUCCCUGAAAUUGUAACUCUGACGAGGGACACUCGAAGGUACAAAUGUUUUAAAUAAAGUUUUACCAGUCGCGCGCGGACCGCAUUGACAAAGGACUGGGACGUUUUUUUAAUGAAUUUUUCAAACGCAUCGUCUUGACGAUUUUUCACGGCUUCUCGUUGCCACUGUCGCGAAUCAUUCUCUUAUAACAUUCCAAUGUAAGAAAACGUUCGAUUGUACAUAACGAUCGUACGAGCGAACAAGACAAACGCGUGUGUCGAUCAUAUCGAUUUAUAUAAAUGUAUAUUUGUGUAAUGAUUGUUGCAUUGUGAUAAAAUUUACAAAGCCGUCGCAAAUAAGGAUCUCGAUCUGCGUUAAUAGCGCUGAGCAUUUCCAAGACUUUUCUUUCUUUCUUUUAUUUAUUUAUUUUUUUUUUUUACUACUUAUUGUAAAUAGCUUUUAAAUCUAAUAUAUAUUCUUGUACAGGGAGCCGGA